AUUCACGUUAAUACAAUUGAAAACAUCAGAGCAGGAUUGCUUGGAACAUUUAGAUAAUGCGACAGAGUCUUCCACUCAGUCGACAUGGCUCGGCGGCGAUUCCUGACAACCAAAGCUGCCGACGGCAUAUCCUGCAUCGCAUAGACAGAACGCUAGCACCCCAGCACAUCAAGGGCAAUAAUGCGGGAUGGGUUCGCGCUCUUCCUGACACAGUCGGAGCGUCGGCAGACCGUGCGGAGGCAAGCUUCAGCGGGCGGGCGAGCUCCGAAGCUCCUCGACCACAUGGCAUAAGCCAUCCAUGCUCCAUUGACUCCAGCUCACUCGCCGCCUGCGCUCCCCAUCCUGCCUGGAGCAUCCUCCACACCGCAUGGCGUGCAACACUCGCAACCGCCGCAUCAGCGUGUGUGCUGCAGGGCUCCUUUGCCCCGCUAAUGCUGACAUCCACGGACCCCUCCCUCAACCCGCCAACCCACACCUCGACCCCAAUCCGAGGCCCGACUUUGGACUCAAUCCAAACCAUUAUCCUUGCAGCUAGCGCUUCGCCUGCCGCUUCGGCUGCAGCUGAGCCCCAUGCUGGCUCUUCGUCAAGCAGCAGCAGCAGCGCUGGCAACGUGCACGACAAGGUGGAGCGGCUGCACCAGCAGUUUUCAACUCCUGACGUGGCGGCCAUGCGGGAGGUUUCGGAGGAGCUGGCGGCGGGCGGCGGCUCGCAGGCGGUAACAGCGGCAGCGGCGCGGGCAGCAGCAGCAGCAGCGGGGGGCAGGGAGGGUAAGGGCGGUGCUGUGGCAACACGCCCGCCUCCCAAUCCCAAUGCGCGCCUAAAGGCCGCGGACCUAGCCUCCCUGCUGCACAUCUCCACCGCCCAGGCCAAGUCCAUCAUGGCCUCGGAGCGACAGUUGGGCCGACUGACCCAUGGGUCAGCCGCCGCGUCCUUUGAAACCCUGCGCGAGCUGCUAGGCCUAGGCAGUAGCAGCGCUGCUGACGAGGCUGUAGCCCGGCGGCGAUUGGAGGCUGCGGGUGCGGUGGUGGUACGGCAGCCACGGGUGCUGCUGGUGGCCCCCGGGGAGCUGCGGGAGCGGUUCGGGGAGCUGCAGACCCUCCUUUCCAUCCCGGCUCCCCUAGCCCGCUCGCUGGUCUCCUCGCAGCCCUCCCUGCUCGCCACCCCGCCCCCCGUCCUGCGCUCCCGGCUAUCCGCCCUCUGCCGCC